AUGUCUGCCACGCACUCCGAAGAACCUACUCGGGCUUCGUCGCGACGGCCACUUGCAGCCACAGCGCGCGAAUUUGCCCCUGCUCCAACAAUCACGGUCGCCAAUGAAGUUCUCGACGCGACCUUUGUCACCCAAGCCCUUCCCGACAUUCAUCCCGACUCCGGAAUUGUUGGUCUCUGUGCCGUUCCCUCUGACCGAGCGGGUAUGGAAGACAUGGGUUGGCACAUUGCGGACUUCCUCGCUUUCAGGACCCUUCUCAAUGGCAAAAACCACCCCAAAGCCCAAACUUGGUUAUCCCAGUCCGACAUUGCUGGUCUUGUCCGAGAGCAUCCUGAACGCUACGUCCAUGGCAAGGACCGUCGAGUUGUUGGACCCGCCUCCGAGACGGCAACCAUCAAGCAGAAGAAUGGUGACGUUGAUCGCGAGGACAACACCCGUGUUGUGUCUUCCAUCGAGCAGCUAAAGGCGGCCUUCCUUGCUGCCAUUCGCGAGAAAGCUGCCAUUGUGAAGAAGCACAAGUACCCCCUCGUGAUCAUUGUUUGCGGACUUACUUCGCUCGAGCAAGACAUUUUCUUCGAGAAGUCCUCAACUGACGAUACCGAGACCGGGCCCGAGAACGACGAUGGACAAGAAAAUGGCGCAGAACAGGACAUAAAGUCUGAACGGGGCUCCUUGACUGGACAAGGCGGUCAAGGUGGCCACGACGUCGAGGCUGCUACUCGCUGCACAAACAGUGAGAUUCGCAACGAGGCUGGCGAAGACAUUGAGGCCAUUCUCAUUACCCCGGCCUUAUUUUCUGCUGGAUGGCAAGUCAAUGCAUCGUUCUGCAGAUCACCAGCCACUGCAACGCAUGCUGAUCGAACCGACUUUCUCGCAAGACAAUUCGGCGGUAUCUUUGCCAAAGUCCUCGUCGAGCAGUUCUUGGGCUGGAAGUGUCCAAUGCUGGACGCGGAGAAGGUUGACCAAGCUGACGAGGGCUUUCCGGGCCCAGCGAAGCCAUCUGAAGAAGUGAGGACCCGGAUCGACAACCUCAAGACCAAGGUACAGUCCUACCUUGUGGGAAGGUUCAGCACCCACCACCAAGACCACUCUUUCUCGUUCGAUAUUGAGAAGGACGACUGGGCCAUGCUCAUCGGGGAACGCAAGCACGCCUCGCUCGACACCAUCAAGGAGAGAUGGGAGAAGGUCGAGAGUCUUGGAGCUACCCAGUCUAAUCAGGACAAUCUUGCCUUCUUGGGGACUGCAUUCGGCGGUACUAGAUCGUCCCAGCUGAACCACAUCAAGCACCUCAUCAAAGAGUCCUUCGAAGCGUGGCCCGGCUACUGGGCUACUGGCUUUGGUCAGAAUGCCAAGAGGAUCUUCGAAAAGUUCAUGAACACGGUGGCGCCCGAAAUUCUGGAUUGCCAUGAGAUCUUCAAUGUCCUGGAGCAUCGCGCAACUACCUCGGUGCUCGCCGAUAUGAUCGUCCAGUACUUGAAUCUCCAUAAGCCUAACGAAGAUCGCUGCAGAGACUGGAACUUUCUGCGCUGGAAAGACGUCACUUCUUCGGCGGACCAGUACUUCUUGCUUGGUUUGUUCCAGGGAAUCGUAUCCAACAUUCCCGGUCCCAACGUGCCUCCUGGCAUUAACCCAAACCACCUGAGCAAGAUUCAGCGUCGCCUAGAGAGCUACGCGAACUACGUUUGCGCCUCCCUGUGUCUUCGAUACCUUGGUGAUGUCAAGGGUGCGAACACGGCAGUGAAGCUUAUCAAAGAGCUACUUGAUGGCGUCAGACUGCGGCAAGCCGAGCUGCUGGUCAUGGACUCGGAGCUUCGUGAUACGUGCUCGGCUUGGCUCAAUGCCAUCGACAUGCCAAUCCGAGGGCUGGAUGAUACCAAGGCAUCUGCUGGGGAUGUGCAGGGGAUUGCGGCUCCCGAGAAGGCUUAUGCGCCCGACGAUGAAGAUGGCGAUUAUAUUGUCAGCCGAGAAGAUCAUCCUGCUAACUCAUCGGCGCCAUUGUUCGACUUGUACGGAUCUGCUGCCUCGCCUGCCUCGCCUGUCCCGCGAUUUGAAGUCCUUGACGACGGCGACGUCGGCCAGCUGCGCAAGCAGUUCGGCGAAAAGCUAGAUCUCAUCAAGGAACUCUUCCCGGAGUGGUCUGAUGCCGAUAUUCUCUACGCUCUCAAGGAAACCGACGGUGACGUUGAAGUCGCCGCUACGCGCAUGGCCGCUGGGCGAUUGCCAGUGCAGGACAAAGAAAACGAGGUGCAGAAGCCUGAGAACGUUGCCGCUCCAGCUGCAGAGAAUUUUGUGAGCGAGAAAGAGGCGCGACCGAAGUCGGCGAUGCCUGUACUUUCCACUUUUCCCCCACCGCCUGUCGCGGAGGACAUCGAAGUCCCUCUGCCUCUUACUAUCGCGGAGCGAAUCCAAGCCGCUCGGGUUCAUGAGGAUCAUCUCUUUCAGGAUCUGCUUGCCACGACGGAUGCGCAGCACCGCGACGUUCUCAUCUCUGAGAUGGGGCAGGUUAGAGAGAAGAUACGCGCGCUUGUAAGAGAGGCUGAGGAGGAAAUGAGAGACAUCGCCAAGUCCUCUGUUGCUUUCGUGGUCCCGUCCAUUACCGUAAACGAGGCUCCCGAGCCUGGUUCUAUGGCGCCUGUCGACUUCAACACUGGUGCUGAUCUCAGCAAGCCAGCUUCGGAAGCCGAGCAGAACACUGCAAAGACGACAUCCGGUGCGAGUUCCACUGGAGGAUGGGUUCCUCCUCAUCUGAGAAACCCCAAAACCACGGCCAAGCCAGCUUCAGAAGCCAAACAGAACAUUGCGGAAACGACAUCCGGUGUGGUUUCCACUGAUGAAUGGGGCUCUCCUCAUCUGAGAACCACAGCAUCCACGAACGGCGUCAACGCUGGUUGUUAUCUCGCCGAGGAAGCUUCAGAGGUCGAGCAGGGGAUCGCUGAAGCAACAUCUGGUGCGAGCCCCGCUGGUAGAUGGGCUCCUCCUCAUCUGAGAACUUCACCAGCCCUGAAGCAGAAUGGGGAAAUUCGUGAGAGCAUUCCCGCGACUCCGGCCAAGCAGCAGGAUACGGCUCCGCCGAUGCCUCGCCGAACUCCGCCGCACUUGCGCCUUCGGAAGUAA